UACCUCGGCUUGACGAUGAGGAAUAUUUUGUUCUAUCUGGGGUUGGUGGCUGUGGUUGUCGCCAGUGCCACAGCUCAAACUACCGCCACCACGGCUGCCUCUACUACAACUGCAGCUGGCACAGGUAGUACCGCAGCAGCGGGUGGUACCACAGUAGCUGGGGGUACCACAGCAGCCGGUACCAGUGGUGAUGCUACCACAGCCGCUGCCGGCACAACCGCUACAACAAUGGCCACGACAACUGCCAGCGGAACUACCGUCCUGCCGUACAUGUUCCUUGUGAUUGCCCUGGCCUGUCUCACUCUGCUGGCAUAAAACUGACACAGUUAGACCUGGCAACAGACAGGAUGGAGCAAGAUUUCAAGAGAGGGUUGCAAAAUUAGAAUCAAGAACAGGAAUGUUCAACAUCACUAUCAAAAGACUUCUUCAUAAAAUGACUCAAAGAACAAUGAUUCAGACAUCUACUUAGUAGUGCCACUGUGUAGAAAAAGGCUCACAGAGUGCAUCUCAAAAGCUCCCUAAGUAGCAACUUUGUAAGAGAGGGGUGCAAUCUAAGAAUCAAGAACAGGAGUGUUCAAUAUUACUGUUGAAAGCUUCUUCAUAAAAUGACUCAAAGUCAAACAACAAUGAUUAACAUCUAAUAGGUUGAAAAAGGGACAGAGUGGAUCUCAAAAUCUCACUAAGUAGUAACUUUGUUUUGUGAAAUUGUUUAGAUAUUUCAACAAAACAAUGAUUCACAUGUGAUUGAGUAUUCUGUAUGCUAUAAUCAGUGUCAGAUCUUCUCCACAUCACCUAUCCCUACGGUUGAUGAUGAAACGUGGAUUGUUCCGUAGCAACAAAAUAUGUGUGCAAAUUGUAUCAAGAUGGAAACGUUUGUGUCCUGACCUCAGCUGUAUCAUUGAAAGUAGCAAUUCAUACUGCAAAACUGAUUGUUUUCAAUAUUACAUGUGAUCAGACUAUGCUGUGACAGUCAUUUAAGAUUACAAAAGCUUUUAAGGACAUUGUUGAAGGGACGUGUGAUGUUGGUCUCUAGAAGGAAUAGCACUAAAUACAUUGUAAGCUGUUAGAAUACUAGCAUCUACACCUACAUGUAUUUUGAAUUUUUAACAAAUGCAGAAUUUAAAUCUUAAUAACCCAAAUAAUGGAGCAAGCCAUGAUUGGUCAGUGAAAUAUGAACUAGGGCAAAUUUUAAUUGUAACCACGUGUAUAUAAUAGCUUUAAUUGCCAUUGUCCAAGAGCCACAGAGAGUCCUUUUGUAAAUGUACGUCAUGCUUAAAGUGCAAUGAUUGCUUGCUGCUAAGACUUGGAUUGAAAAAAAAAGUGGUGGAAAUGAAGCUUUGGAAUAAAGAAAGACUUCACCAUA